AUUGUUUAUAAUUAAAAUAUUUUUAUUUUUUAUCUUCACGCUAAGCUAUAUCAGCAACUAAGUUACAUUAAGUUAAUUUUUUUUGUUGAUGUCAUAACUUGUCAACGAUACCUAUACUUUUUAUAAAAUAAAAGUUAUUUAAAAUAAUAGUGUGUUUUUAUAAUUAAUACUUUAAUAGAGGUAUCUCAAUAUUUUAGUAAUAUUAUGGAAAAAGAGUCUGAUAUAAGUGCUAGUAUAGCAGCAAUUACAACACUAUUAAAAUUAUUGGAACAUGAUAAAUCUGAAACUGUACAAGAACUUGAUUUUAAUUUGCAAUCUGCAGUUGAAGUAAUUACAAACACUAGUUUUCGUGUAACUGGUGUAUCUUCUGGAUGUGCAUUAUUUAUGCGAUUUAUAACAUUUGCUAAGUUAGAUAAUAUUACUUUUGCGGAAUGUAAAAAAGUCAUGUUGGAUCGAGGAAAGGUAUUUUUGAAGAAACUUACCGAUGCAAGAAAUAAGGUUGCCAAAAUUACUCUUCCUUUCUUUGUUGAUGGCACUAAUAUCUUGACACAUUCAAAAUCUAGAGUAGUGUUAGAAGCCAUGAAAUUAGCUGUGAAUUCACAAAAAAGAUUUCAUGUUUUUGUAUCAGAAUCAUCUCCAGAUAAAAGCGGAAUUGAAAUGUAUAAUUGUUUGAAAGCACUUGAUAUUCCUUGCACAUUGAUAUUAGAUUCUGCUGUUGGUUAUAUCAUGGAAAGGGUCGAUAUGGUUAUGGUUGGAGCUGAAUGCGUCGUAGAGAGUGGUGGAAUCAUUAAUAAGAUUGGAAGUUGUACUAUGGCUAUUUGUGCUAAAGAAUUCAAAAAACCAUUUUAUGUGCUAACAGAAAGUUAUAAGUUUUCACGGAUGUAUCCUCUAAAUCAAAAAGAUUUACCUAAUAAUUUCAAAUACACUGGAAACAGUUCAAAUGAUGAUCAUUUAUUAAAUGCUCAUCCUUCUGUGGAUUAUACUCACCCGUCAUACAUCAGUUUACUUUUUACUGACCUUGGAAUAUUGAUGCCAUCAGCUGUAAGUGAUGAAUUAAUAAAACUCUACUUGUAAAUUUACAAUAUAUUUGUUAUGUUAAC